AAGGUAAGGAAGAAGAGGGGGUUAUCAGUUAUGGUAUUGAAUUGCUCUCCAUUUCUCAGCAAUGGAGGCCACUCUCUGUUCCUUCUCCUCCUCCUCCAAACCCCACCCUCUCUCUCUCCGUCCCCAAUCCCUAACCCUAACCCUAAAAUCCCCCACCUUAGUCUGCAAACCUCGCCGCCGAUCCCUCCCCUUCGUUCGCGCCGCCAUUAGCCGGACCAAGAAGGAGGAGACGGUCGAUAACGUGAAGCAACAGCUCGAGAGCUGCUACCUCAUCGCCGGCAUCCGCUACACCGGCUUCACCGUCAAGCAGUUCCAGGACCUCCGUGGCACCCUCCCGGACACCGUGAAGCUCAUCGUCGCUAAGAACACCCUCGUCGGCAAAGCCAUCGAGGGCACGGCAUGGGAGGCAUUGAAGCCGUGCAUGAAGGGCAUGAACGCCUGGCUCUUCGUCCACACCGAGGAGAUCCCGGCAGCGCUCAAACCUUACAGGGAAUUCCAGAAGGAACGCAAGCUCGACGACAAUGACUUCACCGGAGCUGUGUUCGAGGGGCGCUUCUACGCGCCGGAUGAGUUCAAGGUGCUCGAGACAUUGCCGAGCCGAGAAGAGAUCUAUGCUAAGUUGCUCGGCGCUUUGCAAGGCCCUUCGAUCUCGCUCGUCAGCACGCUCCAAGCGCCCGCGCGUGAGCUGGUGCUCACGCUCAAGGCCUAUGUGCAAAAGCUCGAGGAGCAAAGCACCCCUGCUUGAUGAUACCUCCUCCCAUUGUUUUCCUUGUUCCAAACUUGUGUUUUUGGUCCUUUGUGUUUUGUGUUGAUUUGAUGACAUUGUUGUGCAAUGAGAAUUUCAAAGUUUACUUUUUUUUUA